AUGUGUUGCAAUAUUGUUGCACUUAUCGCUAUUAAAAUGAGAAGAAUGAAAAGAAGAAAAGAUGAUUAUGGCCUUGUCAAUUCAAAUUCUUCAGGUAUCGCAAAGUUAAAUGUUUGUCCACAUGAAGAAAUUGAAACAGUAACAGUACGUGAGCCAUGCGUUCAAGCUUAUACAAAAUAUAUUAGAAGUCGAAAACCAGGUUGCAAUGGAGAAUUUCGAUCUUGUUCAGUUCGUGAACCAAAAACAGUUUAUUAUCGUACGUAUAAAAAUGUCACACGCACAAGAAGGCACACAACGGCACAAUGUUGCGCAGGUUGGAUUCAGGUACCGGAUAAAGAAGGAUGUCAACGAGCAAGCUGUACACCUGAAUUAUGUCAUAAUGGUGGUACCUGUCAACAACCAUCAACAUCGGAUAAAAAUGAAGAAAUUUGUCGAUGCCUGCCUGGAUUUCAAGGUGCUCGAUGUCAAUAUGAUAUAAAUGAAUGCUUGAUAAAAAAUGGUGGAUGUCCACAUGAGUGUGUCAAUACGAUCGGCACAUUUUAUUGUCGUUGUUUUGCCGGAUAUCAGUUAGACAGCGAUCAUCAAAAAUGCAUUGAUGUUGAUGAAUGUCAAUUUGAAAAUGGUGGUUGCGAAUUUCGAUGUUUGAAUACGGAAGGUGGAUAUCGUUGUGAGUGUCCACCAAGGAUGCAGCUGCAUUCAAAUGGUCGUCGAUGUGUCCGUCGAAAUAUUUGUGCAACAAACAACGGUGGUUGUGAGCAUAUCUGUGAAGAAAGACAUGGACGAUUUCAUCGAUGCAAAUGUCGGCAGGGAUUCAAAUUAGCUGCCGAUAAACGGCGUUGCCACCCGAUCGAUCCAUGUAUGAUAAAUCGUGGUGGUUGCGAGCAGCAUUGCAUGAAUGAUAACGGAAGAGCCGUAUGUCAAUGCUAUCAUGGUCUCAGAAUCGGAUCAGAUCAGAAAUCAUGCGUUGAUAUCGACGAAUGCACAAUGAUGACUUCAAAAUGUGAGCAUGAAUGUGUUAACAUUUAUGGAACAUACAGAUGUCGUUGUCGCAGUGGAUAUCGGUUACUAUCAGAUGGACGCCAAUGUAAGCUAGUAAUUGACCCGUGUCAGGAAAGAAACGGAGGAUGUGAGCAUAUAUGCGAAGGUGAUGAGAAUGGUAGCCUGAAAUGCUCUUGCAAAAGUGGUUAUCAACUUGAUAGCGAUGGUAGAUCUUGCUCUGGUAAAGUUUCCUUGAUCUUUAUCAUGAUAAUUCCUCAUAAGAACUGA